UUUUUUUUUUUUUUUUUUCAAAUCUGUUUCUUAUUAGAAAAUAAUAUAUAAUGCAUCAAAAUCAUUCCUUCUCUCCACAUAACACUUCCAAUGGCUUUUUCCAAUGAUUCAGCUCCGGAGAACAACAACGUCUCCGUCGUAGUUAGACAACCUUUACACCCACCCAUACCUUUUUUCUUUCCUCACACUCUUUCUCCUCGUACUCACUACUUCUCGGCGCCACCACAGAUUUACUUCAUCUCCGACAUAAAUCUCCCUCCUCCAUCAAUAUGGGUGUAUUAUCCUCUUUGGUAUAUAAACUCUAACCCUAACCGGUAUGAGUCAACACAAGAACUUCCUCAACCCUACUCUCCAACCCCUAGCCAAGAGCUCAUGACUCUUCCCCCGACUAGUAGUAGAAGAGUUUUUGGCCGGAGAAGUCACGGUCGAUGUGAGAAGGUGACAUGGAGAAGAAGUAUCAAGCCGGAAGUUGAAUCCAAGGGCGAUCACAUCACAACCGUCAUGCUUCGCAACAUACCCAACCGAUACACGAGAGAGAUGAUGAUUGAGUACAUGGAUAAGCACUGCGAAGAAGCCAAUAUAAGUGGGAAAAAUGAAGAAUUUACAAUCUCUGCUUAUGAUUUCAUUUAUCUUCCGAUAGACUUUAGGACUACAAUGAACAAAGGGUAUGCUUUCGUGAACUUCACAAAGGCAGAAGCAGUGACGAAGUUUAAGGCUGCUUGCAACCACAAGCCGUGGUGCCAUUUUUACUCAAAAAAAGAAGUUGAAAUUACUUUUGCUAGGAUUCAGGCUAAUGAGCUGGUGAAACGUUUCCAGCAAAUGACCUAUCCGGCUGAGGCAUACAGUGCGCUAUGUUUCAGCCCAGCUCGUGACGGAGGGGAUAAUACAGUUCAAACCACAAUGGUCGGUAAAUGUACCGAACCAGUGAGCUCGGUUUAGUCUUUUCACAUACAGUUUUUAUUAUUCAUAAUCCUAUGAAUAUUUAGGAUUAUGAAUAAUAAAAAGUGUAUGUGCUGGUGAACAUGGAACUAGGAAUAGGAUAGAAAAGAAAAGACUCAGACACCGAACCAAAUCCAAGUAAAAAACUCAGAAAUGUUUAGUUUUGGAUUUGGUUUAUGAUGUGUGUGAGUUUUGAGUACUUUUCAAUAGUGUUAUGUUUAAGGGUCUACCUGUUUCUCUGGUCUCUCUAUUCUCUAUGUUGUUGAACUGUUGAUGUUUAUAUAUAAAAA